AUGGCUGCUGAAGGUUUAGAAAAGUUCACAGAAGUCCCAGUCGAAUUCUUCAAGGAUGGCAGUGCCUUCGUCAAGAAGUGCCAAAAGCCUGACAGAAAAGAAUACUUCAAGAUCAUCAGAGCUGUUGGUGUUGGAUUCAUCAUGAUGGGUGUUGUUGGCUACGCUGUCAAGUUGUUGCACAUUCCUGUCAGAUACUUGAUUGUCUAAGCGUGCUUUGUCCACUUUGGUUACUGGGAUAGUGAAUGGCGAAUUUGUGGACGUUCGGCCAGGCCAAUGCUGUCUCUUUCAGAAACGAAUCUGUCUAUCAUCAAGGUGCUUCUAUGUCGUGUUGGAACUGUUGGUCAUGGCCCAGCGGUCUGGGAUCGCAGUCUGCUCAUGGAGC